UCGGGCAGAAGAGCUCAUUCUUUGCCUGGUAAACAGCGGAGUUGGCACUUAUGCGUCCUGGCAAGUGAUCUCACUUUAUUCAAAUCAAUUGCCUCACUGCUUCAGCCUCCCAUUAAACUUUCCAUGCUGUUGCCCGUCCAAUGGACAGCACUUAGGUGGUUUGUCUGGACCGUAUCCGCUCCUGCUCGCUCUUCCGCUGCGCUCCGUCUCUCCACUGCCGGAUUUCCCGGCUCAGUGGGACUCACGCGGCUCGGAGAGCUGGCCCGGGUUUCCUGCACACAUGGAGGGAGACGUAAUGGACAAGGUGGAGGCCACGGGGACGGUCUGUGACUUCGAUCCCAUCAGUGGCAGCAUCCCGGCCACAAAAGUCGAGAUCACCGUGUCCUGCAGAAACCUUUUGGACCGAGACACUUUCUCCAAAUCUGACCCAUUGGUGGUGUUGUACACGCAGGGCGUCGAGUGCAAACAGUGGAGAGAGUUCGGGAGAACAGAAGUGAUAGACAACACACUGAACCCAGACUUUGUCAGGAAGUACAUCCUGGACUACUUCUUUGAGGAGAAGCAAAACCUGCGAUUUGACGUGUAUGAUGUUGAUUCUAAAAGUCCAGAUCUGGCAAAGCAUCCCACCGACUUUAACGACUUCCUCGGACAGGUCCACUGUACAUUGGGAGAGAUCGUGGGCUCACCUGCCUGUCGCCUAGAGAAACCUCUCGGUGGCAUACCUGGGAAGAAAUGUGGGACCAUUAUCUUGUCUGCCGAGGAGCUGGGGAACUGCAGAGAUUACGCCACCAUGCAAUUCUGUGCCAACAAACUAGAUAAGAAGGACUUCUUUGGAAAGUCAGACCCCUUCAUGGUCUUCUACAGAAGUAAUGAGGAUGGCACGUUCACCAUCUGCCACAAGACUGAAGUGGUAAAAAACACGCUGCACCCUGUGUGGCAGCCCUUCUCCAUCCCUGUCAGAGCGCUCUGCAACGGAGACUAUGAGAGGGCAAUCAAGGUAGAGGUGUAUGACUGGGACAGAGACGGGAGUCAUGAUUUCAUUGGUGAAUUCACCACCAGCUACAAAGCGCUCUGUCGAGGUCAAAACCAGUUGAACGUCCACGAGGUGCUGAAUGCAAAGAAGAAAAUAAAGAAAAAGAGAUACAUCAACUCUGGGACGGUGUCCUUGUUGUCAUUCAAUGUGGAGUCAGAGCACACCUUCCUGGAUUACAUCAAAGGAGGGACUCAGAUUCACUUCACAGUGGCCAUUGAUUUCACUGCAUCAAACGGAAAUCCGUCCCAGUCUACUUCACUGCAUUACAUGAACCCUUACCAGAUGAAUGCCUAUGCUAUGGCUCUGAAAGCUGUGGGGGAGAUCAUCCAGGACUAUGACAGUGAUAAGAUGUUCCCUGCUCUGGGAUUUGGUGCUAAGCUGCCCCCUGAUGGAAGGGUUUCCCAUGAGUUCCCGCUGAACGGCAACAUUGAGAACCCGUACUGUAACGGCAUGCAGGGGAUUCUUGACGCUUACCAUCAAAGCCUUAAGACGGUUCAGCUGUACGGACCCACCAACUUUGCUCCUGUUGUGAAUCAUGUGGCAAGCUAUGCAGCAGCAGUGCAUGACGGGUCCCAGUACUUUGUUCUGCUCAUCAUCACUGACGGCGUUAUAUCAGACAUGGCCCAGACCAAGGAGGCCAUAGUAAAUGCAGCUAAACUUCCCAUGUCUAUCAUCAUUGUUGGGGUUGGCCAAGCUGAGUUUGAUGCCAUGGUUGAGCUGGAUGGUGAUGACAUCAGGAUUUCUUCUCGGGGGAAGUUGGCAGAGAGAGACAUUGUUCAGUUUGUCCCAUUUAGAGACUACAUGGACCGUACAGGGAACCACGUGCUGAGCAUGGCGCGGCUGGCUAAAGACGUACUUGCGGAGAUCCCUGACCAAUUGAUAUCCUACAUGAAGAGUAGAGCCAUUAAACCAAACCCCGUCCCACCCCCUUACUCGCUCAGCGACCAACAACAGACCAACCCUGUCUGAGCCCCACACACAGCUCCACGUUGUUGUGCGGCAUAGUGGAGGUGGUCAAGAACCGGCCUUCAAAACCGUCCUUUUGGAAGAUGAAAACUCUUUUAAGGCCAUUACGUAAAUAUUAAUUUGGCUUGACAAAACCAUGGUAAGACUCCAAUUUGUGAUCAUGUGAUCAUGGAGUGUUUUCUCUCUGCGUGCUUGAGGAUGAGAGCGCUGAGAGGAGCUCGGUGUGGGAGGAGGUUUUAGUUGUUUGCUGUCAAAGUGGUGAUGUAAUGGAUAGCAAGUAAACCCGUAGGGAGAGCCUGUUUGAAGGCGUAUAUAUUAGAAUGUGCCAGUGUGUAUCAUGGUUGUGAUACCUUUUGGAAUAGGUGUGUGUUGAACUAAGAUAUCAUAUGUAGGCCUAUACUAAUUUAUUUUAUUUAUUGCAGAAAUGAUUUAUUCCUUUGGGGGGGGGGGGGGUUUAGUGGGGAUUAAAGUCAUAUUUUCCCUGUAGUUUUCCAUCUUAUAUUUUGUGAGGAGUGUAAUAACAAUAAUACCCAUUUCUACUUUGAUAAGGACUGUAAUAUAAAAGCAUGGAUUAAAACUAUUCCACAGUUUAUGGAUUGUUUUCACUGAUAGAUCAUUUUUUAUUGCAAGCAGUUAUGUAGGGAGCCUGCUGUAAGCUGUUUCCAUAAUGAUUUUCAGCACUGUGUCUUAUACAUAUUUCUAAAAUGAAUAAUAACAGAAUGCACUAAUUCAGAUAAAAAGCACAAAGAUUACUAUGGGAAAUAAGCUCAAAAAACUUUUCAUUAAAGGAACCAACACCUAUCACAAUGGAAGUAAUGGAAAGGACCGCUGAUGUUUUAACACAUCAUUUUAAAGUGGAUGAAACAGGAAGAAUGUUUAUAAGAAAAUACUAUUCAGAUGUAUUCAAAUCAACAUAUAUUUAUCAUAAAAACAGUAUGUUUACAGAAAAUAGAUGAAUAAUUCUAUGCACAUAUUGCUCUCCCUGUUUCUUUGCAGAAGAAAUUAUAAUUCAUGCUGCCAUAGCUCAUUUGUCAUCUCGCUGUUUGUGUUUACUUCCAUUAUAUGUGUUGUGGUUACAGUUAACUGUCUGGGAUUGCUCUGAAGUGAACAAAAACACUUUCAAAAGACCAAUGUCAACUAAUACAUUUUUCCUACUCCUUAAAUUGGUUUAUUUCCCUCCUAAGAAAAACUAAACAAUCACAAAUUGUGCAUGAAAUAUUUGGGCAUUGAUUGUUUCUGAAGAAAAAAACAGAUCGCAAAAACCGAAACAGUUAUGAGUACAUCUGUUUUGAAUAAGUCAAUGUUUUAUGAAUACUUUGUUUCUGCAUUAUAAAUGUAUUGAGUGUUCACAAAUUUGUUUUUACCAAUGCCCAGAAGUAACAGGGUAUUGAGACACCAUUUAAGUACCCAUUUAAGUACCUAAGACACAAUUUCAAUAUUUAGUUUUACAAUUUAAUUCAAGUCAGCUGUUGAUAUAUUCAUAUUUGUUCUCUGAAUUAUUUUCAAAGAAAGUUAAAGCCAUUGUGGCUCGGUCGUGUACAUCAUAUCUAUUAAUAAUGGCCAUUGUUUCCAUAAGUAUCUCUUUGUCACUCAAUAUCUCAAUCCAAAUGUGCCUAUUAUAUGGAAACAUAUCCAAAUUCAGUUACCCAGGUGUUAUUCUGCCAGCAGCAGCAGGUCUCAUGUUUAAGAUGUACACACAGAAAAUGUUCACGCUAAAAACUGUUGCAAGAUUAGGAUUCUUACACGCUGUCUUAACCAGUGUCCUGUACUUUUUAUACUAACAGCUCUUCACUUAGGUUCUUUGAAUUAAUGAGAGUUAACAGUGUUGCUGAGCCUUGUUGUCCAAUGUUUUAAAGUCAAGACUUGUUUACAACUCAACUUUGGCUGUUCACAUUGCCUCAUGAAAAAAGGAAAAGUUCAUUUGUUUUAUUUGAAAGUGAUUUUAAAGUUGAGUUGUGCAUUAUUCAGUCUUGUUUGUACUUUAUUUGAGUUUCAUGGAAUAAUACUGGAGAACUAACGUUUACAAAUGUUGUUGAGAUGUUCCCACAGAUUUCUCACUGUUGUUGUUACAAUACUUUGUUUUGUGUUGAGAGCAAAUGUGUUUAUGUACCAUUGUUAACUGCAUAAUUUCCUUUGACUCCAGUUACUUUAGUGCUCUGAGAUAAGAUGAAAUACUAUGUUACUGCAGAAACUCCAGAGGAAGUGAACUCUUCUUUCACGGGCCCAGAUCCAUAUUUGACUUUUUUUGUUGUUCAUUUUGGAUGACAUUUCUCCUUCAGAAACAAAGCCUUGUUUAAUCUGUUGCCAAAUUCAGUUGUUGUUGCAGUUGCAGUGAAAUGAGGCCAUUAAGUUGAACCACAUAAAUCACAUAAAUACCAGAAUACCUCUACAGAAAGCCAUUCAGCCAAAAGAAAAUCAUAAAUAUACAUUUAUUACAUCUCUUAUGACAUAUAUAUUCAAUUCAAUACUAUCAUUUAAUGACUUGUAUAGCUGUUAUAUAUUUUGACUUUCCAAGUACUGUAAACUCUUCAAAUUUCACUUCAUGGGAUAUUAAUACUAAGUCACAGGAAAAUGAAUGGGGACAUCAUUUGGCAGACAUCAAAAGUCAUCCUAAACAUGAAGCUUGUAAACAGUGGGUGUGAUAACAAACCCUUGUGAGAGUCUAUAAGAUAAUGUGGAGUUGGCCCAUGUUUGCACUUUCAUUCAUAUUUCCUCUAUUAAAACUACAUGGCUUUUGAGCCCUUCUACUAAAAUUAUUAAAAAGAAACUAUACUCCCUCCUCCAUCUGGGAGUUUUCAUCCACAGGGAAAUUAAAAACAACUACCCUCAGUACUAAACAAAUAAUCAAUGGAAAUGAAAGGAGCACAGUAAUGACACACUUAUGCAAUUGUGAAACAGAGUUAUAAUGAAAUAUAUUUUUCAGUCUAAAUGAUGUCUUUCCAACAAUUCAAUUUGCAUAUUUUCUCUCCGUGGAAAUGGCUUUGAUUAUAUUUUCAUUUCAAAUUUUCUUUGAGGCUGAACUAUUUAAUUAUGUACAUAAGCCCCAAAUGAAGAAUAUUCAAUGCCAAAAUGUGUUCAGUUGUUGAACUUAGCCUCUUUAGACAAUACGUGCAUGUUUGUGCCACAAUGGCAGGAGGUUUGGUAGUCUACCUUUAUUUCACCUGAUUAGUGCAUCUGCCAUGUGCUUAGUUUGUUACUUGAGAUGGUAUUUAGAGAUAACAGUCACCUCCAGCAUGUUGCAUCUCUGGUUUCUUUCCAUUCUGUUCCUAGAUGACACUUUCUGUAUGGGUUGUUCUUGCCACUACUCCUGUUUUAUCCCAGGUUGUUUACAUACCUCUCUUGGUCUCUGACUUGCAUGCUGAAUAAUUUCCAAACCAGGUGUUGGACAUGAUAUUGUCGUCAAACUGUGGUUUGUGAAAUGCUUUGUAAUGGAUUGCCUUAACUGAAGAUUAAUAAAAUAUUGAUAACUUUGGCAGAAUGCAAGAUGAGUGUUCUGUGUGUU